AUGGAAAAGCCACGUAGCAUUACACCACAAGAGAGGGCUAAGCAAUAUCCCGGGAAGUUCCAUGCAGAUAACAAUCUCUUAUCUUGUUCAACUGUGAUGUUGUUGUGGAUCACCACCAAAAGUCAAUUCUUGACAAGCACCUUUCAGCUGUUUCACACAUCAAGCAAAUGGAUGAAUCCUCUUUGAAGCAAGCGAAACAACAGACAUUGAAGACUUCAUUCAAGUGCAAAACUCCAGCUCACGAAUAGAAAGUGAAAGUCUGCCGUGAGUGGAUAAGGGCAUGAGCUGCUGCAAACAUACCACUAAACAUAUCAGAAAAUCCUACAACGCGUGAAUUUCGAUCUUCUCUCCUGUGUAGUCAAUUGUGGCGCGAUCCCUGAGGGCACACAGCUUCGGGGCUGCUUAUUAGAUGUUUAUGAGUUGGAAAAGGAAAAACUUAAGCAGAAAAUUAAAGAGGCAAAUGUUGCCCUCAUGGUAGACGAGCUUGGCAAUGACAAUGGUCAUUGUGUAAUAGACAUUAUGGCGACAAUUCUGGACGUCAACAAGCUUUCUCCCAGUGGCAGAAACAUUGCUGACCGGUUAGAUAUGCACUUUGUGAUAGAAACAAAUAACAAGACUGUGUCCCAAGCAGUUGUCAAGACUACCAAUGACUAUGGAAUAGACUUUGAUGGUGUCCUGAUUUUUAAUACUGACAACGCUAGUUACACGAAAAAGGCUUUCAGGGAAAUGCUUUCAUGUUUGUUCUGA